UUUUCAGUGCCCUCACAUCGAUUCGCAUAUACACUUCGUGAAUGGCGAUUUCCGUGUUUGUUUUGUCAUGUAUAACGACAGCGAAUGAUCUAUAUUGAUGUUGUGAGAUGACCUUUGUCAAUAUAGUUGGCGAAUGGAAUUUAUAACAACCAUGUUCGCAUUUCUUCAAUAACACCAUGAGCAUGUUCUGGCGAAACAACGCAAUGAGCAAGUUACUUUGGCUAGGUUUUGUCCUCGGUUUAUUUCUGAUUUUAGAGCUACAGAUUCAACGUUUACAAUUUCAUGUGGAGAAGCUUCGUGCAGUGGAAUCCAGUAUUGGGAAAGAAGAUUUGGAUUUUGUAAAUGAAAAUGAUCAGAGAAAUGAAGGAAGCGAGGAACUUUUCAGAGAAGCAAAUGAUGUAUGGGGAACAGAUGAUGAUCAAAAGGAAGAGGAAAUAGAUGAAGAAAAAUUUUCCAUACUUUCCAAUGCAUUUGAAAUGACAUUCGAUAAAAAUAUGAUAGCACCAAAAGGUGAACGUACCAUCAUAUUUUAUAAUCGUGUACCGAAGACAGGCAGCACAAGUUUCAUGGGUGUUAUUUAUGCGCUAUGCAGUAAGAUCAAUUAUCAUGUUAUUCAUUUAAAUGUGAGCAAAAACAGACAUGUUAUGAGUGUAGCUGACCAAAUAAGGUUUGCAAGGAAUAUAACCACCUGGAAAGAGAAGAUGCCUGCUUUUUAUCAUGGCCACCAAUCGUUUAUUGACUUCAACAAACUUGGUUUUGAACAUAAACCGUUGUACAUAAACAUUGUUCGAAAGCCUCUAGAAAGAUUAGUUUCCUAUUACUAUUUUUUGCGCCAUGGAGAUGAUUUCAGGCCUAGAAAAAAACGAGCUAGACAAGGCAACCAGGAAAGCUUUGAUAAAUGUGUUUUGAAAGGCCAUCGAGAUUGUCAACUUGACCACCUUUGGUUGCAAAUUCCAUUCUUUUGUGGUCAACAUCCAGAAUGCUGGGAGCCUGGAAAUAAGUGGGCAUUAAAGAAUGCAAAAAAAAACCUAGUGAAGAAUUAUCUAGUAGUUGGAGUGACAGAAAGAUUGCCUGAAUUUAUAGCAGUAAUGGAAGUUGUACUGCCCAGAUUUUUUCAGGGUGCUACAAAGAGAUUUUUAGAAGGUGGUCGCUCUCAUCUUCGUAAAACUAAUGCCAAGAAGGAGCUGCGCCCAGAGACUUUAGAUUAUUUUCAUCAGAAUAAAGUGUGGCAGAUGGAGCAAGAAUUUUACCUGUUUGCGAACAAGACGUUUACAGACGUACUAAAGAGGAUUUUUGUGAAGAAUCAUGGAAAAGAUGCCGGCCAAAAGAAAUUCUUUGAAAAAAUUCGUCCAAAGGCAAGGGAAUCGCUUUGAUUGGAAUAUGUUCAUCGCCCCUGAAGUUGCGCUCACCAAGGCCGUAAGGCAAAUUCUUUCAAAACGUGCCAAGGGUCACAGUGUUAAGAGGUAUGUAUCAUCGACAUGCCUGUAGCCAGUGGUAAUAUAUGUGGACGGGACAAAAUUAAUUAAGAUUUAAUUUAUUUUUGAAAUCAAUGAAAUUCAGUAUACAAAUAAAUGCCAUCUAAUUCUCUCAUAUUUAA